AUGAACGGCUUUAAGCGUAAGAGUGAGACCAGUGAUUCUCUUGAGUUUUUAGAUAUGAAAGACUUAUCGUCCGGAAAGAGGAAUUUGUUGUCAAACCGUUGUUGCAGGUCCAUGCGUAUGUCUUUAGAAGACGAUAGCGAACUGGACAGUGAUCCCGAAUCAGGCGAUGCUAUGCUGGAGCCUCCCGAGAGCCGGCCGGCGCCCCAGCAGACAUCUUCAGGGCGCCGCCCCUGCAUGACAGAGCACAGGCGUCGCCUCUCCUGCGGGCUCUUCCUUACGUCCCUAGUGGGCCUCGCGUGGGUGGGCGGCACCCACCUGCUGCGGGCCAUGCACGUGGACUACGCGAGCGCCCUGGCGGCGAACGCCCUGGUGGCCAACGGCAGCUGGGAAGGGCGACCCUACCCCCUCUACGAGGCGCCCUUCUUCACCACGUGGGUGUGCGCGUCGCUCAACUGCCUCUUCUACCCCGUGUACCUGACGGCCAAGUUCUGCGCCCCGGCACCGGAACAGGACAGCCCAUCGCUCAAGAAAGAGAUAUCAGAGAGUCUGCAGCCGUAUCAAGAGAGGGGACUGAGCGUCGGGCGGUUCGUCUGCCGGUGCCUGCUGUUCACGACUCUCUGGUCCCUCACCAACUACCUGUUCGUGAGAUCGCUCAGCCUGCUCGACGCCACCGACGUCAUCGCCCUCUACACCACACACUGCGCGUUCGUCUACCUCCUGUCGUGGGUGCUACUCCAAGAGCAGUUCGUUGGAAUUCGAAUUGUGGCCGUUAUUCUGUGCAACACGGGAAUAGCGCUCUUCGCUUACAUGGACGGCGAUUCCCGCGCUCGAACACUUGGGGGAGUAGUGCUGGCCGCGUCCGCAGCCGCAGGAACAGCUGUCUACAAAGUGCUCUUCAAGAAACUAGUGGGAGAGGUGAGCCUGGGACAGCUAUCCUUCUUCUUCAGCCUGGUGGGAUUGUGCAACGUUCUCCUAGUAUGGCCCCUAAUGCUGGGGCUCUACCUGGGGCGCGCGGAGACACUGCGGUGGGACGAAGUGCCCUGGUUGCCCUUGCUCGGAGCAGCCAUGUUCCUCUUCAUGGCCAAUUUAUUAGGUAACUUUGGCGUCCUAUGGACAUAUGAAGUGUUUUUGACACUUGGCUUCGUAUGUGCUGUGCCUGCAUCCGCAGUGGUGGAUGUGUAUCUGUACCAAGUGCUUUUCCGCGGCAUGAAGUUGGCUGGAAUUGUGCUCACGCUGGUUGGCUUCUGCCUGGUGCUGCUGCCUGAGAACUGGCCUGACUACCUCACACUGUUGCUCAGGUGGAGGAGAAGAAGCAAGAAUACGCCUCAACCACAACAGACCUGCACAGAACCGAGGACAAGUUACACGUCCCGCCUGCGGACGCACAGUGGCAGGGUGAAGUAG